CUGUGGAGCAGAAUAGGAGAGAGAGAGAGAGGGGAGAGAGUGAGCUUAUAGAAGACAUUUUGGGCUCUCCACACCCAAAAUCUCUGGAAGAUUCCUUCAGUGAGCUGCUGCAGAGCCGAGAAGAGGAGGAAGAGGAGCACAAGAAGAAGAAGAAGCUGUAGUUCAGUGUUGCUGCAGGAGAUCCAGACUACAUAACCUUGGAAUGUGGGUUAGGAGGCUACGUGCUGACCGAGGUCACUUGAACGUAGUGUGUGUCUGAUAUCGUGCACUGGUUCAGUGCGAAAGCCAAAGAAGAGAAACUACUGCCGUUCCCACCACAGAAGAAGAACCACGUGUAAAAGCGGACCGGUUUCACUUCCUUCUGUCACCCUGGGGAAGUCAACGCACCUCCGAUCUCCCCGAUUUCCCCCUUCCUCUUCAUCGCCAUCGCCGCCACCGCCGUCGCCCUCGCCACCGCUGAAGACCGCCUCGGCGUCCCGUCGCGCCCUGACCUCAGGUAUCUGGUGGAAAAGGUUUCGGCUCCCCGGAUCGCCCAUCAUGCACAUCAAGACCACCAAGUGUAACCGCUUCUGCCUGGUCGCCUCGGUGACCAACCAGGAAGUGUUCAACCGUCCCGAGGCACAGGCUAGUUUCGAGGCCUUGUUCCGCUCAUUCGACCCGGAGGUGCAGUUCCAGUACUUCAAGUCUUUCCGGCGGGUGAGGAUCAGUUUCAGUGAUGCUCUGGCUGCAGCCGAGGCCAGACUCCGGCUCCACAAGACCGACUUCAACGGCAAAGAGAUGAGACUCUACUUUGCCCAGUCCGUCCACAUAGGGAGUCCUCGGCUGGAGCCCCCCAAGCCGGAUAAACAGUUCCUGAUCUCGCCCCCCGCCUCCCCUCCGGUCGGCUGGACACAGUCUCUGGACCCCACGCCGGUCGUCAACUACGACCUGCUGUGCGCCAUCUCCAAGCUAGGACCAGGGGACAAGUACGAGAUCCACACCGCCACCCCCACCACCCCCAGCGUCGUCGUCCACGUCUGCGAUGACGAGCGCGGCGACAGCUCGGCCCCCGACGACAGCGACCAAGACGACAAGCCCCGCCCCCUGCGGCCGAAGAUCGUCCAGACGCGACGCCCCGACUACGCGCCCGAAGUGGAGCAGUGAGCGGGCGGCGAGGCCGAAGGCCGUUAACGUUUCAUCCUGAAGUGAUCGGUCCGGAGCCGAACACGCUCUCAGAGCUUUCGAGGAAUGCACCCGAGGGUGCUGCCAUCUCCUGUAGACGAGCAUUUCAUAAGACGGACAGAGAAAAGUUGGUGCUGAAUGCUGCAUUCAUGUCCCGUGGGGAAAGAUGGGAGAUAUGAACUUCCUAGUGGAGAACACUGUUGGAGAACUGAAGGAAAAUGUUGUUUUGACAUGCCGUAUACUGGUGUUUCCAUUGUCGUACUAUGGCGGGACACUGCUGGCUUUUUGGUUUGUGCUGACGCUUUUGCAAAUUCUCUGAAAAUGUACCUUCAGUUUGUGUGUUUGUGAGAUGAAAGCUGGUCGGGUCGCAAAUAAAGUGUGUACAAGAGAAAGUCAUCUGGAUGUCGGUUGUUCCCACGUGACACGAAUGCAGCAUUGUUCUGACGAGUCCUGUGUAUGUGUGUGUGUGUGUGUGUGUGUGUGUGUUUGGGACGGAUUGAGGAGGGAUUCCUUUGAUUUUUAAAGCUGAUUGUUUUUGCUGUAGGUGCUCCGUACGUCAGUCAGUCAGUCAGUCAGCUGGCGUGUGAGAGCUUGAUGAUGUCACCGCUUCAUCUGCCGCUGUGGACGUGUCGUCAAGUCAAAGCUCGCCUUACUCACAUGUUAUGAGGAGUUGUUUCUGUAAAGACUUCUAACUAGUGGUGUUACUUCAGCGUUGCUACUCUGUCUGUCUGUAUGUCUGUCUGUCUGUCUGGAGCUACAUUACAAUGGCUUCUAACAACAUAUAGCUCUGUUAAUGGGAAGGCUCCAGCUCCGCCAACCCUGGUAGAUCAAACAGGGCUAACCUUUCUGAGCUCAGCGCCUCCGGGUUCACUGUGUGAUUAAAACUCUCUGCUCAUUUAAUUAACUACAAAAUAAGAUGGAUAGAUAGAUGGAUCCUAACAUUUGUAGAAGAAAAGGCUGAUGGUCCAGCAGCACGCUGCUCAUGUCUACAACUAGUCUGGAUCUCUUCAGGCGACCCGGUUCAUGAGAUCGAUGAAAACGUGCAUCAUGUGUAUUAACAGUUUUAUUUUCCUGUGGCCAGUAUUGUCUGUUAUAUUUGUAAUUUUUGGGGGGGGCUAGUGGUGGUGACUUUCUAAUGGAUGAGGUGUUAUAAAAAUCUGCCAUUAAAAUGCCAAAUUGAAAUGGGUUGAAAAUGAUGGAGCCUCUUUCUGUUCCACUGCUGCUUAGAAUCAGGGUCAUUUAUCACAUUAUUUCUACUUGCUUCUGUUUUUAGUUGUGAAGCUUGGAAGAGAUGUUUGUGUAAAGCUAUUCUUCUUUCAGGGGGGAUGAGACACUGUGAAGCUCAUCUGUCCCACAGUAGAGAGGAGAGGAGGCUGCACCAGGCUCUGUCAUUACCAUGAUGGAUUCACCAUUAAAUAGAGAUGGAACUUCA